UACAUAUAAAAAACUCACUAAUUUCCUCCUCACGUUUCUUCCUUCGGCAAAGACGAAAGUCUGAAACUUUCUCGACCUCUCUCUACUCUCUCUCGUCUCUCUCCCAAUAGAACAUUCGCUUUUUAAUGGAUAUAUCGCCUCUCCGAUCUCAUUCCUCCUCGUUUUCUUCCAGACUUUUGUUGCUCUUCUUUUGUAGUUUUCGUGCUUCGAUUCCUUCUUCACUUGAUUCCGAUCGUAAUUCUUCUAGUUUUCAGUUUCUUUAUUAGCCCUUUUGACGCGUUUCUAAUUUCCGCAAAGAGUUAAUCACCAGCAAGACAACAACAACAACAACAACCAUGGGGAAGAAAUCUCAGCGUAAGAAUGCGCCUAAGGAUUUGUUUGAUAGUGAUGAUGAUACAAGUAGUGUUAGCUCUUCCUCCACCAUGCGAUCUGAGAGACCCGGCAUGGAUGAAGUUCAGGUUCACAAAGAUGUUAUGUUGGAUCAAUCCCUUGAUGCAUUGUAUGAGAAAAGGAGCUCAACGAGAGAGCAAGCUUUGGCCUCCAUUAUUGACGCAUUUAACAACGACUUGCAGCAUGAGUUUGUAGAAAAGAAGUUUGCCACUUUAUUGCACCAGUGUUUACACUGCACCAAGAAAGGGUCCAGUAAGGAAACCUCCUUAGCAUCACAUGUUAUUGGGUUGCUAGCAUUGACUGUUGGACUCGGGGAUCAAGCACAAGAGAUUCUGGAAGAAUCGGUCACUCCUCUUUCUCAGGCCCUUAAAUCUGGCCGUGAAGUCUUGAAAAUAACUUCGAUUAUUGAGUGUUUAGCGGUCAUAACCUUUGUUGGUGGGACCAAUGAAGAGCAAACCGAGAAAUCUAUGCAAAUAAUAUGGCAAAUGAUUCACCCCAAACUAGGUUCUAAUGUUGUUGCAACCAAACCUUCACCUGCUGUAAUAACUACUGUUGUCUCUUCCUGGGCGUUUCUGCUCACAACAGUUGAUCGAUGGACCCUAGGUCCCAAAAUUUGGCAAGAGAUCGUAACUUAUCUCUCCUCACUGUUGGAAAAGGAUGACCGAUCUGUACGUAUAGCUGCUGGUGAAGCGCUUGCGAUUAUAUUUGAGUUGGGAACUCUAGAGAAGUUCUCUGCCGAAGCCAAAGGGUCUGUUAAUGGAUCAGUGAAAGAAGGAAGUGUGUCUCAGGAGGCAUUGAUUAACAUGCAUGGCUUGAAAUCUAAAGUCACUAAUCAAGUUAGGGACCUCUCUGCAGAGGCAGGUGGUAAAGGUUCUGCUAAGAAAGAUCUCAACACCCAACGAAAUAUGUUCAGAGACCUUGUUGAGUUUCUUGAGCAUGGAUAUGCACCUGAAACAUCUACAAAGGUCGGAGGGGAUUCUUUACAGACUUCAACGUGGUAUCAGAUGAUACAGUUGAAUUUUUUGAAGCAUUUCCUUGGGGGUGGCUUUAUCAAGCAUAUGCAGGAGAAUGAAUUUCUUCAUGACGUGUUUAGUUUCACUCCAAAAAAGAGUGGAUCCAGUAUGUCUAGAGACGAAAAGAGGUUGUUUAAAUCUCCAAAUUCAGCUCUCAACAAAGCAAGGACACAAUUCCUUAACACGCAAAGGAUGUUAGCUAAGAAUAUGAACGUUGGGCAUUAUGCAGCUACAGUGGAGAAUGAAUGAUGACUUUACAUUUGAUUUUGAAGCUUUGCGAACUCAUGUGCUGCAUUGUUGUUGUUGUUGAUUUAUACCAUAGAAUCACUUUUGCUGUUUCAUGUUUUCUGAUUAUUGGUCCCUUCAUUAGAUUUUUAUAUCACUAUUUUAGUCUUAAUUACUCUCUAGUGUGUUAUUCUAUGAUACAACAGUUGUUGCUCUUAAACCAUUGACCAAUUGUACUUUGAGCUGAGACGCAGUAUUCGAAGAGCUUAUUAUCAUACAACUUUAGUUU